AUGCCAGAUGGAUCUAGUGCCCCCGGCCCUCUUCCAAUACUUGUUCCCGGUGCGCAGCAAGUCAAGCUGACAUGCAUCAGAAAGAAGGCCAUGACCGUCGACAUCUUGAUCAGCAAGGAAAGCUCCGAGGCAUCCGUUGACCCUACGAAUCAGGCGAACUUUGUCAUCCCGACAAAAAACCUGCCAUACAGUGUGCAGAUUCCCUUCGAGACGGAAUUCGCUGUUAUCAGCCCUGGCCGUGCAUGGUGUUGUUUUGACAAGUCCUUGAGCCGUGGCGAGAACAGAGAGGAGUUCAAGAUUCGCAUUGAGCCACAAUUCAUGUUCGCGUCCAUCAAGCGCCAAGCAGUGGAAGACUUCUUCUCGGGUGGACAUUUCAGGACGUCAGCAUUUCUGUGCAUGAUCAUGCCUGCUGAGUACUUUACUACAGGCCAUGAUGCUGCUUGUUCGCCACCAGAGAACACUAUCUACACGUUCGCUCGUGAUGCAAUUCUGGGUGGCAGGAACGAGUGGAAGAACUUGCCACUCCUGCUUGACAUGAUGAGAAGCCGGCUAGAGCCGCACUGGGUGUCAACAAUGUCCAAAGUGCUGGCAGCAAUCAUCAACAGGAAGCCUGAGAGUGUCAAGUCCCCCUUCGAGUCGCUGAUCAUGUACCUGGAGCUGGCCAUGAAAAGGCGAUCUCCUGAUUCGCUGGACUAUCGCGUCCUCACGCCACUGGUCAGUGUUUACGCAGACUUCCUGGAGGCCGGGUGGAGCCCGACGUACGAGGAAAUGGAGGUUCGGCCCAAGUACGGAGCCACCAGACUGAGAGAUCCGCAAAAUGCAGGAGCCAAGAACUCCGACCUUUGCCUUUUUGCUCUGCUGUUGGUCAACUCCUCGGACCCCUUGAUGCGGGCAGCGUGCAUCAGGGCCAUCCGCGUGCUAGGCGGUCGAACUGCCCGAAAACAACCGAUCCUCCACAUCACUCGCUUCGUCAACAUCUGCAUGCUGCCACCAGAUCCGAAGACGCAAAAGCCAUAUCAAGGCCUUCCACCACAGGGCCUGUCCAUAGCUCUACCAAGGAAGUCCUUUCAUUUGGCGCCAUUUGCAUAUUCAAUGUGGCUGUACCUGCAAGAUGAAGCGGUCCGAAGUGAAUCAGGCACCAGGAUAUUCCACAUUGUGAGCCAUGCCACGCCUGCCAGCACCGUGCCGCAAAUUCAGCUCUUUCUCGCUCCAGGCCCCGGCAAGGACUACAACAAUUGCCGAUUCGAGGUCCGUCUCGGAGAUAGUCACUUCGUGCCUGACGAGGGCACGGGAGUCCUCAAGCGACAUGCCUGGGUGCACGUUUGUUUAGUGUUGGGUCGGCGCAACAUCAUCCUUUACAUCAACGCAGAGGUGGUCAUGCAGAAGGAGACAUCAGGAAUGCAGCAAUUCUCAAACCUUCGUGGUCCACAGCGGGGCACGUGCUAUGUUGGGAUACCGCCUCCAGAUCUCGUCCCCUACCAUGCAAUGAACUGGUUCUUUCCUGGUUACAUUUUUGAGCUGGCCUAUCACGAUGAAGGGCUCAGUGCUUCCCAAGUUGAAGUUCUUCACGCAGGAGGACGUCGCUCGCUUCCUCUGAAUCUAUCCAGCUUCGAAUCUGCUGAAGACACGGAGUCUUGCUGCAUCUAUCCUUACAUCAAAUGGAAGCCCACCCCGUUGCAUUGGUUGGUCACCAGCGACAUUUGGGAGAAACUUGAAGGGCCAAUCCUCACCUUGCUGGCCUCGAAGGACCAUUUGAUGAAUGAGACAGAAGUUGAUGAGUUUCAGCUGGAAGCAGUGCGUGCCCUGCGCAGUGCAGCAAGCCACUUGCUGGCGGCCUGCUUCGACCUGGAUGAAGUUUGCAGCCGACGGCUCCGACAGUGGGCAGUGAACUUUGCACAGGUGAAGCUGCAAGUGCCGCCGGUCAUCAAACUGCACUUGAAUGACGAAUCCUUUUCCUUCGAGUUUAAGCUGCGAUUUCGACAGUACAGCAACUUGGAGGAGGGAGCCAAAGUCCAGACCAUUAUGGCAAACGUCAAUGAGAAGCGAGCCAUGGCAUCAACUCAAGCCGAUGCCAGAGAUCAGUUCCGAAUAUGUAUCGAGAGCUUGCCGAGCACCACGAACGAUCCAGAGAAGGAAGGCAUGUAUACUGGCUCUGACUCGAAGAACUGCUGGUUCCUCACCUUUGUGUAUUUUCAAAACGUCACGCAGCUGAAGUUGCCUCCUCAGACUGGGCCUGACGGUUGGCUUCACUGCACUAUUGGCUACGUGGACGGGAAAACCGAGCUGGCUGCUGCCUGGGAUGGCGAGGAGCCGCGGAUCACCAUCGAGAGCUACACCAAGGACAUGUUUCGCACAGAGGCGUAUCUGGGAUGCGAGGUGCAGGUCACCGGAAGUGUGCAGAAGAUUUGCAACCAGCUUCUUUGCGACCUUGCCUACGUUCGGGUUUGGGACAACUACGAGCCUGCAGACAAGCUCAACAAGGAGUUUGCAGAUGCCGGGGCACCCAAUGCAAUGCUCGUCGCCGGUAACCAAGCGGUCUUUGUCUGCCUGAUGCCCAUCAUUCACGAGGACCGCGGUUACAUAUUGGACGCCGUGCCCAUGUCGGCGGAUGUCGGCACAACAGUGACAACAACUGCGGCCGCUCAAAAGACCAAACACAAAAGUCUUUCCAUCCGUCCGAUCUCGAUACAAUGUGUCCAUGCAGUGGCCAGGAUGUCUCUUCUGCUCGCUGGACUACGUGCCGAUCUUUACAGCACCUCGUGCAAUAUCCGAUGGGCUUGUACUGCAAGAUGGGCUGUUGCCUCACAGCUGCGCAGUGCUUCGGGCAAAUUCUUCUGCCGGGAUGGCGUUGCCGGUGGGAACGGGCAGUUGGCCUUGCACGCAGCUGCUUGGUUUGCAUUGGGCAAGGCAUUUGCAUCUGAGCGCGGCGCUUAUCAGUUUCAAUGGCUGAUCCAUCAUCCUUCUUCCAUCAAUGGCUCGAUCAAGAAAGAGCAGUGUGCAGUAGGCUUGCUAUUGCAGAACGACUUCUCCGAGCUGUACCGUGCGAGCUGUGCGACAUUGGAUGUCACACUCGACACGAAGAUGGCCCAGCAAACACCGGACAAGCGACUAAACGACUUGGACGAGGCCAAGGAGGCGAUGAAGAUCAGCUUGACUCGGCGAGGCUGCAUCCUGAGAAUGCAGCUGCUUUUUGCGGACUCCGCUCUGUGGAUCUCUGUGUUCGUGAACGACAGGCUCAUCGAUGCCCAAAGCCUUGUCCUCCCACCGCAGUCCGUUCUCGUUCCAUUUGUGCGCCACGGAUCGCAGAGAGUUUUGCCAUGCAGAGACCACUUCAAGUUCCAGCUCCCUGGCAAGAAGGAGCGGCUGAGCCUGCUGCCAAUCUCCCAUGUGACGUGGCCCAGCUACGAGCACGGAGUCGCGCCUCCAGCAGUGUCAACCUCCAAUUCGAUUUAUGCAGCCUACUGCAACUUUCGGGACUUUGAAGCAGACGUAUUGCCCAAUCCAAGCAACGAUGUGGUGCUCGAGCGCAUCAACAUCCCCUUGCUGGAUCCACGGGCCGAGAAGACUCGCGCACUCCUGGAAGCAAUCCUGGAGGGGGCCCUAAGGGACAAAGACCGAGGGGAAGUCCGUUUUCCCGAAGACAUGCUGCUGCUUGCGGCGAUGUGCUCAUCCGAGCAGAUAUGGAGGUUUGUGGCGCGCAAGCGUAAGGACUCGGAACUUUAUCUUGCAAUGGAGAGCCUACUCAGCAGUCAAGCGACAUUCAUGGGACUUGCAGAAGCAACAAAGCGGAAACGUUACGCAUUGCUGGCUUUGGGCAUCUUGCUGCGCUUUCCUCAUUCCUACGAGGCACUGUUCGAGAUGGGUUUUUUGCAAGUGAUGGCCAGAUUUCUGUCGACUGGCCUGCCGUCAGUGCAUGAUGAGGCUUCAGACACGAGCGGGCUCACUGCACGUCUGAGCACACGAGCGUUGCGUGUGGACUCCUGGAAGAAUCGGCUGCAGGCAGCCAGGAACAUGUACUCCCUGCUUGGUACUACAUCGCAUCUUCUCCCUCCUGUGGAAGCUCCAACCUAUGUCGAUACCUUCAGCGAGAUGCGCUCCGUGGUGGGGAGCAGUACACAAGAGCGCUCCGAAGUCAGCUACGUCUUGCAGGAAUGCCAGGAUGCAACAGCUGCCGACCUGGGGAAGUUCACGGAUGCACUUCGAACCUACUCGGCUGGGACGGCAGGAUUGCGGUCACCAGGGUCUCCUGACAAUGCAUCGGUCAUCCUCAGCGUCCUGAACGCAUUGACCCACAUGAUUGGACGUGAUGAGUAUCCUACACGCGCCGCUGAGAGUGAGCACCAGGCUCAGCGGUUGAAAAUGCAUGCAUCCAGCAACAUUUACGAGUGUUGCAUUCCGGAUGCAUCAAACAUUGUGAUUACAUUCGACAACAUUCCAAUUGGGAAUGGCUCCGUCGAGAUCCUUGAAGGUGGCACUCGACGAGGCAUUUGGUCUCGCUUCUCUGAUGAUGCCGAAGUCUUCAAGCCAGAGCCCAAGCGCACGGUCACGAUCCAAUCUGCGGCUCGGCACAGAAGCGUUGAUGAGCUGGCGAAGGACACUUUCCAGUGGCGAUUCAAGUACGAGUCCGAGGAGAUCCUGAAUUCCGUGCAGGAUCAUGAGGACUCAGUGGAUCGCGAGAAUCGGGGAUACCGAUUCGUGGUUCGACCUGUGUGGGACACGGACGAUGCCCAGACGAUUUUUGCCCGACGCCAGCUCAUUCUGGACAAGCCAGGUUUCGUGAAGCUGCUCACCAGCUUGCAUUCGCAAGCCAAAGGCCUCGGUGCCGGUGGCGAGAAGGUGCAAAACGAAGUCGAUUUGAAAGUCGUGAUGCUGCUAUCCUUCUUGGCACAGCGAGGUACAAAGCCUCCGCAUCCAGCGAUGACCACUGAAGAUCCCGCCGUGGAGAAGAUUAUUUUCCAGAUCAUGUUCCAGCUCUUGGAGUCCCGGCCAAACAUUGAGCGACAGUGUGGAGUUGGUGGGAAAAGGCGAAAGCUCUUGGACCGGCAGCACAUCUCGGUUGCUCGAUUCUACCACGGAAUCUCAUCAAGUGAAGAAGGGCGUCAGCACUUUGCUUACCACCAGGAGGCCAUCAUGAAGAUCGUGGACAUUGCGAACAACAACACGCAGGGUGCCUCCAAGCCCGACUGCCAGCCCGCCUCGCAUCAAGCUCUGUGCUACGAUGGUAAUUACAUCAUCCGCUGCCUGACCAACUUCUCCAACAAGCCGUCAAAGUGGGCCCUGACAACUUCUCUCAACCUCCUACGACCAAAGCAGCAUGCUGCCGGCUGGAUGUGUGAAUUCGCUCGUGGAGAGGUCGUGUGGAGCCUUUCGCUUCAUGUCUUCCUGAUGGAUGAACACCAAGCUGACAUGCCCGCAAUUGUGUUCUACAAGGGUACAUCGCCAUCUGAGGUUCAGCUUGCUGUCGGGGUGGGCCAUGCCACGACCGUUUCGACCGAAACAAAGGUAAUUCCGGGCUGCCAUCCAAUCAUCGUGAGGUACACGCAUGAUGGUCGUUUGAAGACGCUGACAAUCCCGAGCAAGUUCGUGGAAAUCUAUCGCUGGGCCCACCUGGUGCGGCCCUUGACUUGUAAUCGUCGACACCGCUUCUGCCCUGCCCUUCUUGGGUUGGGUGGGAUCGGGGAAGGGAAGCUAUGGGAAGCUUUGCACAGCUUCAUGCCUUUGGUGCAUGGCAAGGUCAACAUGGCUGUGGUCAUGAACGGUGAGCUCAUCUACACACACACCCUUCCAUGCGAGUUGAUGGUGAACUUCCAACCGGGGCAUCAGGACACCUUCCUUGGCGCCCCUCCCUGGGAGUACGGCAGGUCCACCACUGCAUCAGCGUGGGUCUACCAGCUCAUGCUGGUGGGUGGAAGAGCCAUGGAGCCACAGCAUGCAAAAGAGGUACAGGCUCAGGAUGAGCUGAAGGCCUGGCAAGACAAUGGCACCGACAUGCAGCAUUUCGACUACAGCCGCAUCGGCCUCACUGGAUCGGACGAUCUUCCGGACCCCGUGCACUUGCCUGGCUUGCCCGUGCAGAUCUUUGAUGCCCGGUUGAAGGUUGCAUCCGAGGAGGGUAUAGAAGUGCUCUGCGACCUGCUGAAGGAUCCGCUCGAGGCCGCUUCAUUGCUGAAGCCAUCCAUAGAUCCGGAUACUGGGGCGGAUGCCAAGAAGAUGGACAACGCUCGGGAGGCGGCUACAUUUGAGGCCGUGGCCGAGUUGGCGACAAACCUCCUCACAUGGACUCCGCCUCCGGGCGAGGAGGGAAUUGAUCGAGAGGCACGCUUGGAGCUAAUCAAGCACAUUGUCAAGCAGCACUCGGAUUCUGCAAUCACUGAGGCUCGUGCCCCCAUUGUGGUACAUCAGCUGCUCAUGCUGAUCCACUUCCAAGAGAACGUUCAGUGCUUGGCGGAUCCGUCCGUCGGAGCGAUGAGCACAUUCUUCCGCUUUCUGACAUCCAACUUCACGACAGUAAUUCGCACGCAG